AUGUUUGGGAUCCAGAGAGAUUAGUACAAUGCCCAUAUGAUAAACACCAUCAGAUCAGAGCCCGGCGGUUUCCCUAUCACCUCGUGAAGUGCAGGAAGAGCCACCCUGAAGUUGCAGAGAAAUUGGCCACGUGCCCCUUCAAUGCUCGCCACCUGGUUCCUCAUGCUGAGCUCCGUGAUCACAUCCUGCAGUGCAGUGACAGAGAGCUCCUGGAGCAAGACCUGGCAGAGGAGUCCUCUGGAUUGCAGAGAGGGACGACGAAUGUCGUGAGCACGUGGCAGCCACCUCCCUGUGAUGAAGACUGGGAAAGUGAGUCCUCGCUGCAGUCGAACUCGACCUUCGUGUGGGGCACCAUCAGCUCUGGCAGCAGCAG